AGUCAUUUGACAGUGCCACGGAUGAUUGGACAAUGUACUGUGAACGAAUCGAGCAGUAUUUCGCAGCUAACGAUAUCGACGUCAAUAAACGCGUGUCAGUAUUGUUAAGUGCAAUUGGGGGGAAAGCUUAUGCGUUGCUGAGAAGUCUAACUGCCCCCGUAAAGCCGGCGGAACUCAGCUUUGAUAACAUUGUGAAAGUAAUGCAGGAACAUUUAGCUCCAAAGCCGCUACUCAUAGCGGAACGUUUCAGAUUCCAUAAGCGGAACCAGAAUGAAGGGGAGUCCAUAGCUGCUUAUGUGGCUGAACUGAAAAAGUUGUCAGAACACUGUCAGUUCGGAGAUGGACUGAAUGAUGCGCUGAGAGACCGCUUGGUUUGUGGCAUUGUAAAUGAGAGUACCCAGAAAAGAUUGCUCACGGAGGCGGAUCUCACGUUUAAGUGUGCCGUUGAAAUUGCGGUUGCUAUGGAAACAGCCGCUAGAGACGCAGUGGAGCUGCGAUCAGGUGCGAGGAUGUAUGUGAAUAAGGUAGCUACUGUGUACAAACCCAAAAAGACGACGCAAAAUACUGAAUCGUGUUACCGAUGCGGCAAAGGUGGACAUAAAGCAAAUCAGUGCAGAUUUAAAACGGAAACAUGCAGGAAAUGCAACAAAGUGGGACACAUACAAAGAGCAUGUCGUUCGGAUGUCUCAUUUAAUGAAAGAGAAAGACAGUACAAGGCCUCGAGAAAGACAUACAAAGAGUUGCAUGUUGUUGCUCACCAGUCGGAUGACGAAAGCGAUACAGGAUUGGCAAAUUUGGAAAUUUACAACCUGAAAAAUGAUUUGACAAAGGCAAUUUGGUUAACUCCACAAGUCAAUGGACAAACUGUCAGAAUGGAGUUAGACACAGGCUCAGCUGUAUCAGUGAUGUCGCAGGGGGAGUUUGAAAGAUAUUUCAAGAAAGCCAAAUUAAAACCAUCACCUGUCAAACUAAAAACAUAUACAGGAGAGCCCAUAGUUCCCCUCGGAGUGAUGCCUGUGACUGUAAAAUACAACAACCAGCAGGCUGAGCUAGAUCUAUACGUAGUGCAGACAGACGGACCAGCACUCUGGGGACGUGAUUGGCUGAGGAAGCUAAAGUUGGACUGGGAAUCCAUUAAUAGCCUACAAGUAUCCAACCCGGAUUCACGGUGUACCCAGAAACAACUGGAGGAAGUGCUGGAUAAAGCUAAAGCCGUGUUCCAACCAGGCAUUGGAACUCUGAAACACAUCAAAGGGAAAAUAACUCUUGAGGAGUCUGCAGUUCCUAAGUUUCACAAGGCACGUCCAGUUCCUUAUGCUAUCCGCCAGAAAGUUGAAACUGAGCUGGAUCGGUUGGAAGCUGAAGGAAUUCUUUCCAAGGUUGAUUGGAGCCCCUGGGCAACCCCAGUCGUUCCAGUUGCUAAAAAGGAUGGGAACGUAAGGCUAUGCGGGGAUUUUAAAGUCUCUAUCAACCCUGUGCUGCAAGCAGAACAAUAUCCACUCCCAAGAAUUGAGGAUAUUUUUGCUACUCUUUCAGGAGGACAGUUUUUCAGCAAAAUAGAUCUGGCAGAAGCAUAUUUGCAGAUGGAAAUAGAGGAGGACUCUAAAGUGUACCUAACAAUAAAUACCCAUAAAGGACUGUAUCGCUACAAUAGGCUGGUUUUCGGCAUUGCCUCAGCCCCAGCGCUAUGGCAAAGGGCGAUGGAGCAGGUACUUCAAGGAUGCCCAGGUACACAAUGCUACCUUGAUGACAUUAUAGUCACGGGAAAGAACGACUGCAAUCAUCUGGAGAAUCUGACACGUGUCCUGCAAAGACUAGAAGAGUAUGGACUACGGGCAAGACGUGAUAAGUGUGAGUUUUUCAAGAGCACCAUCACAUACUGUGGACACGAAAUCGAUGCAAAGGGACUACACAAAUGUCAUGACAAGCUAAAAGCUGUUGCAGAGGCACCGCAACCAAAAGACAUCUCACAGCUACGGUCCUUUCUUGGGUUUGUUAAUUACUACAACCGGUUCCUGCCAAACCUUGCCAAUGUUCUACACCCCCUCCAUGCAUUACUGCGGACAGGAAAGAAAUGGAUGUGGACAAAACAGUGUGAACGAGCAUUUCAGGAGGCGAAGAAACUGGUGAUGUCAGACACAGUGUUGACCCAUUUCGACCCACACAAACCCGUGAAGCUAGCCUGUGAUGCCUCACCAUACGGAAUCGGUGCGGUGUUGUCGCAUGUGAUGAGUGAUGGGACGGAACGCCCCAUAGCCUUUGCUUCGCGCUCCCUUAGUGCUGCAGAGUCAAACUACGCACAGAUAGACAGAGAAGCUUUAAGCCUGGUCUGGGGUGUUAAGCGAUUUAAUCAGUAUUUGUAUGGGAAGGAAUUCACCUUGGUCACGGAUCAUCAGCCCCUGCUUUCCAUUUUCAGUCCUCAGAAAGGAGUUCCACUGACAGCUGCUGCACGAAUGCAGAGAUGGGCACUGUUUUUGGGCGGACACAGAUAUCAAAUCGAGUUCAAAAGAACGCUCAGACAUGCAAAUGCCGACGGACUGUCACGUUUACCCCUAAAUGGUCACGGUCUAGAGACAACAAUGGAAAGCACAGCGCUGGAUGUUUUUACUCUAGUGCAGCUUGAGAAUUCUCCUGUCACAGCUGAAAUGAUACAGAGAGAAACCAGAAGAGACCCUACCUUGUCACAGGUAUACACAGCCACGCAAACUGGCUGGAGCAUAGAACAAAAAGCUAGAUUUCCACAGUUCUAUCAGCGGCGUGAUGAACUGUCUCUAGACGGCGGAUGCAUCAUGUGGGGGUUAAGAGUCGUGGUGCCACCAAAAUUGCGCACUCGAGUUUUGGAAGAGCUGCAUACUGGCCAUUUAGGAGUGGUAAAGAUGAAGUCGCUCGCAAGAAGUUUUGUUUGGUGGCCGGGAAUUGACCAGCAAAUAGAACAGCUUGCCAUGUGUUGCUCGGGAUGUCAGCAUGUUCAAAAGAUGCCAAAGACUGCUCCGUUGCAUUCCUGGGAAUGGCCUGCAUCGCCAUGGCAACGAAUACAUGUUGACUUUGCAGGGCCGUUUAAGGGACAUACUUUUUUGGUCGUUGUUGAUGCAUGCUCUAAGUGGCCGGAAGUUUUUAAUAUGACCACUACAACAGCUAGUCAAACCAUUGCAGUACUGAGAGAUCUUUUUGCAAGGACUGGUGUUCCAGAACAAUUGGUGAGUGACAAUGUGCCCCAGUUUGUGGCUGAGGAGUUCCAGAUGUUUUUGAGGAACAACGGCGUCAGGCAUGUAACAUCAGCGCCAUACCACCCCGCCACAAAUGGGUUGGCUGAACGAUUCGUGCAAAGCUUGAAAAAUGCGCUGCGAGCCAUGACAAACGAAAGGAUCACGCUAAGCCAAAAGCUACACAACUUCUUGUUUGCGUACAGAAACGCAAAACACACGUCACUACUAAUCGAACACCUGCCAUGCUUUUCAUGGGAAGACCUCUACGUUCAAGGCUGGAUUUGGUGA